GAAUCCAAGCUCGAACUCUUCAUGGCUUCCAACAGCCUGGAAGCUACUAGCAAACAAGACGUUCUGGGAGCAAGCGCUAGUGUCACCACUGUUUCCCCGAAUCUAUCAGCCUUCUUCAAUACGACCACGAGUAUGGCGUCCCCAGCAACCACUACCAAUAAUUCCACCACUCCCGCGCCGCAGCCAGACCCGCGUGAGGCCAGUAUUUCCAUUCGCGACUACAUCUACUUCCUACCAUACCCGAUCCCCGAUGGCAUCCCCAUACCUUACACGAUCCACCUACCGGACAAGAACGAGCUGGAAUUAAACCCCCUUCCCUUUGAACCAACACACACACUCGUCCUGACCAGCAUCAAUAAAACCUUCGUCGACCUCCGCAUCUUCCGCCCCAUCCGUCAAGGUGAUCCCCCCCUUCCCAACACCGGCGGUCCCCUCGAGCGUCUAGAAUGGGCAUUCAGUGGCACAUCCACCAGCGUCGCAACACCAGACCCGUACACAGCUUCUUCGCGCGGAUCCUUUGGCCCGGAUCCAGACUCCCGUGCCUGGGACGGCUCCGUGACACGCGCAUCCUGGACGCACUGGAUCGACUCGCGGUACCCCGUCGGAACGCCAUCUUCGCAAAUCCCCGUUGACGAAGCCCUCAUGUUCCCACUUGAUCCAGUACGGGUGCUUGAGCAUGGCCAAGCGAAGAAUUUGCACACGGGCAUUAUGCAGAGUCAUGAGGAGAUGUGGACGGAUCAGGAGAUUAAGGCUUGUAGGCCUGCGGCGACGGCGUUUUGUAUUGUGUUGAGAAUCAAUUUGCCGGAAGUGAAGGUUCGUGGGGUGGUAGUGAGGUUGGGGCAGUAUUGUCAGGGGAUGCUUAUGCAUGGGGGUGUCGUCACGGUUGAGCGGUGGGAGUUCGUGGAAGGCGACAAAGCAGAUGAGGGUGGGAAGAAGGAGCAGGGGUCGUGGCAGAGAACUGUGAGGAUUGGAGACGGGUUUUUGCCCUGUGGCUUUACGUUCAACGAGGAGACUUGUUUGAUGGGUGGCAAGAUUGAGUAUGGGCAGCAUGAGUGGGUUGUGGAGGAGAGAGUUGAGUGGGAGUCCCCUGAAGACGAUGAUGAGUAG